GAGCUUCUUCCCUCUCCUCGACUCGCAAACGCUUGACCCUUGGAUUCCCACAUAUACGGAGAGGAGAGACCGAGAGAGACAGAGAGGGGUAGUGUUCAACAAAGUUGCAUUGAUUUUUCCUUUCUUGCAGAGGCAUUGUGGAGACAACUUCAUUUCUGCGUAUCGGAUCCAUUUUUUCUUCGACGGUUUCAUUUUCACCUCUGAUUCGAUCAGAGACACGAAGGGAGGCUUUAGGCAAUAGCCGGUACGUCUAACAAUAUAAUCUGCAGGAAUCUUGAAGCUGUGGCGUUUUUAGGUCUUCAUCGGAGUGUUGCAGUGAAAAGCGUCGGAAAUAAUUACAUUAGUGGCAGAAAGCAUAGGGUGGAGCAUCAGAAGGUGAAGUGUGGCCUUUCUUGGUUUGCAUAUGUCCCUGGAAAGUCCGGCAGGCUAGUCAUUCUUAAUAUGGUUCUAUAGGUUGUCAUUUUUUUGAGGGUGAAGAUGGCCUUCUGUUCUGAGGAUGAAAAAACUGAGGAUUACCUAUUCAAGAUUGUUUUGAUUGGUGAUUCAGCUGUUGGGAAAUCGAAUUUGCUCGCGAGGUUUGCAAGAAAUGAAUUCUAUCCCAAUUCCAAGUCCACUAUAGGGGUAGAGUUUCAAACCCAGAAAAUGGAUAUCAAUGGAAAAGAAGUUAAAGCUCAAAUCUGGGAUACAGCCGGUCAGGAGCGAUUUAGGGCUGUCACAUCUGCAUAUUACAGAGGUGCAGUUGGGGCUCUUCUGGUAUAUGACAUCUCUAGACGCCAGACAUUUGACAGCAUUGGCAGAUGGCUUAAUGAACUUCACACUCACUCUGACAUGAAUGUCGUAACAAUACUCAUUGGCAACAAGUCUGAUCUCAAGGAUGCAAGGGAGGUGACAACAGCAGAAGGCAAGGACUUAGCGGAGGCACAGGGUUUAUUUUUCAUGGAAACUUCUGCUCUGGAUUCUUCCAAUGUGGCUGCAGCCUUUCAGACCGUUGUUAAAGAGAUCUACAAUAUAUUAAGUCGGAAAGUAAUGAUAUCUCAAGAAUUCAAGAAGCAGGAUGCUCCAUUGAUGGGAAGUGGAAAGACAGUAGUUUUACAAGGAGAUGGAACCCAGGAAGUAGAUACUGAACCUAGAAAGGCUGGGUGUUGUUCAUCUUGAAGCAUGAUUUCACAACACCUUGUUCUCCAAGUGUUAAACUUCUUUAUUUUGUUGAAACGUUUAUUUAAAAGAACAUUUUAGUCUUUAUGGCUGAGGAAGAGGAAUUGGAGAAGUAGCUUAUGUAAAUUACCUUUUCAGUUUAUUAAAGAAAUACAAUACAAUAUUCAAGGU